AAGUGGCGGGCGGUGAAGCAGGCCAACAAGAAGCGCCUGGCGGCCUACAUCCAGUCGAUCUACGGCACCGAGGUCAACACAGACGCGCUGUUCGAUAUCCAGGUGAAGCGCAUCCACGAGUACAAGCGGCAGUACCUGAACGUGCUGUCCGUGAUCUGGCGGUACAAGCAGCUCAAGAAGCUGAGCCCCGAGGAGCGCAAGAAGGUCGUGCCGCGCGUCGUGGCCAUCGGGGGCAAGGCCGCCAGCGAGAUCAUCAUCCCCGCCGCGGAGCUGAGCCAGCACAUCAGCACGGCGGGCACGGAGGCCAGCGGCACUUCCAACAUGAAGUUCCAGAUGAACGGGUGCCUGAUCAUCGGCACCAUGGACGGCGCCAACAUCGAGAUCGCCGAGGAGAGCGGCAAGGAGAACAUGUUUGUGUUUGGCGUUGACGCGGACGACGUGCCCCGGCUGCGCAAGGAGCGCAAGAACUUCAAGACCGACAAGAGGUUUGAUGAGAUCAUGGCUGACAUCGAGAGCGGCGUGUUUGGUGACAAGGACUACUUCAAGCCCCUGGUGGACAGCAUCUCAAACAUGAAGGUCGGCAACGACUGGUUCCUGGUGGCCAACGACUUUGCGGACUACCUCAGGGCGCAGGAGGAGGUCGACGAGUUGACGCACGCAACAACCAUUGUCCCCUCGUUCCCAUAA